CUCCUCCGGAGCGGUCCUCCAGCCUCCUCGUUCCUUCUUGCCGCUCAUCUUCGCUCGUUGGCUGCGUGUAAACUCUGACCCCAUUGACGGCAAAUGUCAACCUGAGGCCUUUAGUCUUGCUUUCUCUGGGAGGUGGGGAGUGCAACAAGAAGGGGAAGACUGGUGCUGGUGGAUGUGUGCGCUCGAAAAAUCCUAGAAGAGGAAAAGCCGCACAGUCGUUCCACGGGCGCACCCACAACUCGGCGAGAGUCAGCGAGCGGAUCGAGGGCUCGAGCUGGCCCGAGACACAAGACAGCCGCACACCGGGAGCUGAGCUCCGAGGACCGAGACGAUGUUGCACAUAUGAAAGCUGCAUAGUUGCCAUGGAUACGCAGUUUGAACUGAUACGUUGCUUUACACCAUGACACCCAGUAGAGGAUUCAGGAACUGAAGCGGGGAUCUCGUCCCACUGAUGGCCACGACUGGGUGUCAGCUGGCGUGCUAAAGCAAUGGGGAGCUGCUGGAGUUGUCUUUACAGAGAUGCAAUACCAGACAACCACCCAACAAAGUUCAAGGUGGCAAAUGUGGAUGAUGAAGGAAAUGAACUGGGGUCAGGCACAAUGGAGCUCACACAGACUGAGCUCCUUCUGCACACUCGCAAACGGGAUGCCAUCAGGUGGCCUUACCUCUGCUUGCGACGCUAUGGAUAUGACUCUAACCUCUUCUCCUUUGAGAGUGGACGUCGUUGCCAAACAGGCCAAGGAAUCUUUGCCUUCAAGUGCUCUCGAGCUGAAGAGAUCUUCAAUCUUCUCCAGGAGCUCAUGCAGUGCAACAGCAUCAACGUUGUGGAGGAGCCUGUGGUCAUCACACGUAACAGCCACUCCCAAGACUUGGAACUACCACGUACUCCGCAGACCCCCAACACUCCAGCCUAUACUGUUCCUGGCUUCCCAAAUGGAUAUCCUGGUUUCCAAGUUUCGGGAGAUGGAACAACACACCCUGCAGCACUUCAUUCUGCUGUGGCUAACACCUGCCAUCCCUCUAUGGGUGAGGACCAAGUACACCGGCAUGUCAGCAUGGAGGACCAGACACAUACCUACGUGAAUACCUCUGAUGUGGAUGGGGAAGGCCGUGGGCGACACUGUGUCCACUCUUUACCAGAGGUUCGACCAAAUCCUUAUCCUGACAUAUCUAGGGGGACUGGAGGUAGUGGAGGAGGUCAGGGUGGUCACUCCGGGCUUCACUGCUACUCUCUGGAUGAACGAAACCCCCAGGUAUUCUUGCAGGCUCCUUCUGGUGAAGCAAAGUUUGUUCUGGGUCCAACACCUGCUCAGAGACGGCUGAUGGAAAGGGAAACCCUGGCCAAGCAGCUGCAUAGCCACCAUCACUCUCAUCUGCCAGCAGACAAGGGUACAGAAAGAGAUGGGCCUCAUUCUCAUACUCCCCACCCCCACCACAUACACUCCUCAUGCCACCUACACCAUCACAACAGUAGCAAUGACCAUCAGGAAAGCUGCCAAGGGGUACAGCUUACCUAUGAAAAUAUUAAUGGCCUUGGUGGUGGUCUGCGGCGGGGUGGUGAUAACCGUCUGAAGUUGUGUCCUGGUAGUGCCUCACUUUCUGGUGGCUCCAGCAGCAGCAGCAGUGGUGGAGAUGGUCCCUUGUCAUUACCCUCUGCCUCCGCACAGGGCUUUGGCAGUGUUUGUGGUGGACUAGGACCAGGCCACAGGAAAACUGCACUCCUCAACUAUGAGAAUCUGCCAUCACUGCCACCUGUCUGGGAGUACCGAGCCCUACAGAGGGAGGAAGAUGAUGAGGAAGAUGAAGAAGAUGAGGAUGAAGAAGAGUAUGAGGAAGAGGAAUAUGAUGAAUAUUCAGAGGGCCCUGCCACCCCAAAUGGCUACCAUGAAGAAGGCAGAGGGCAGAGUGAUUUGCGCAACUAUGUUAAUACAGACCGUAUACAGCAUGGCGGACGGAGACCUGUGUGCCCUCCUCGCAGGCACCACAGAACUAUGGAUUGCCCAGGGAAUGCUGGAGUGUUCAACUUUGAUUUCCGAAGGGGGAUGAGCAGUGACUCUCCUCAGCAGCGGCAACUCAAUUAUAUCCAAGUAGAUCUUGAUGCAAAUUCUGAGCGCGGGAUGUCAGUCCCCAAUAAACAGCUGCCACUAGCCUGUGGUGGUCCCCAGUCUAGUCAGCCUUCCCGGCGCAGUGAGUUCUAUGCGGUUAUUGAUCUUAAGAAGACUGCUGCCAUGUCUAGCCUGCAGAGGGCGCUGCCUCGUGAUGAUGGUACCUCCCGGAAGACCCGACACAACAGCACUGACUUGCCACUGUGAGUGAGCUGGUACAACUAAUGAGGGUGGCAAGAAGAACAAAACAAAAAAAAAAAAACAACCCACAGCAACAACAAAAACUUUUCCUUCCUUGUUGCUCGUCUACCAGUGUAACAGUGGAAGGGGAGGAUGGACUCUGUUGUGACUCAUGUGCCAAGGAUUUUUCCAGUGUUCAGGUCAGCUCUUGGAAGUUUUGGCACACAUGACUGUCCCUCUGGACAUCUUGUUGUCAAGGGGGCACUUUAUCUCCCCUGGGGAGAAUUGGGGUUGGGAUGGGAUGGGGUGGGUGGUGAGGGAAGAUGGGAUGGGGAUGGUAGACAUUCCGUACUGUAUGUUACGCACCUUUCAUCAAGCCUUGAGCGUCUUGCAGAUGCAGCAUCCCUUUUGUUUUGCCCAAGGUUUGCCACUUUUGCCUGUUUGCCCACAGUGGAAUCAGGGUUUUGUGUCCUUCCAGGACAGCAUUGUUUUAGUGGUGAGCUACAAGUGCCAUUCUUGAAGUCGGUCUGCCUUUCCCUAUUUGCUGACAUUUUUUUUUUUGCAUGUUGCUUUAACCUUUAAGGUGAAGUAAACCAAAUGAUGCUUUUUCUUAACAUGCCCUUACUGGGUGCCCACUGAACUGGCAGGGCUUAUUGUAGUGUUUUUUUUUUUCUUUUUUGUGGCCAUCUUCUGUUUAAAAUUGUUCUUUUGCUUUUUCAUUAUCAUGUUUUGGUUCAAUAUGUUUAUCACUGUUUUAUUGACUUUGUGGUGGACCUGUUAAGCUGCUUUCCUCUGUAUAUAAGGCACAGUCCAUCUUGGCAUCUCCCCUCGUCUUGCUACUUUCCUGUUUAAUUUAUGAUAUUCCUGCUUGUAGUGUACCCUGUAUAUCUCAAUAUAUUUGUAUAGAUUGCCUGCCUGAAGAGUCUAGAUUCUUGUGUGCCACUGUAAUGCUUUUUGCUUGUAGGGAUUUUUUUUCCUGAACAGCUGUACUGUGCUCAGCAUGGAAAACUUUCUAGAGACCAUACUCCUUUCUGUAAUGUCACAGUUCUCUCUGCAUGUAUAGGUUACAUUCUUUCUCUUUUCCAUUUAGCAAUUCUCAUCUGUGACUGUAGAGAUUCCUUUCUUUAUUCUAAGCAGAGCCUUUGCGUCCCUGUUUGCUGGAGUAAUUCUAUAGCUUUCCUCAGAAACUUCACCCUU